CUGUUCCUCACUUCAGCAUCAGAUGCAAGCAAGCUUGAAUCAGAUCCAACAAUGACACAAACGACAGUUAUUGAGCUUCAACACGCUCCAAUUGAACUGGGUACCCGGUCAAACUCUAGGCGGUUGAGUAGUAGCUCUUCUCUGGUGGUUCCAACACGGUCCCCACUGGCUCCCAUCAGAUCACGCGUUUUCGAGGCUGUGCAGCCAGCAAACCUCAGCCCUGCAACAAGACUUCUUAUCACAACGCUUCUUGUCUGUGCCAAUUUAGUACAGUUUGUCUCGAAUUUCGUCACAUUUGCAGGUGGACUAGCCUUCAGCAAGGAUCUAGGUCAUGGAACUGGCCCUGGCCAGUCGAAUUGGAUGGCAGCAGCCUAUCCGUUAACCCAGGGGGCCUUUGUUCUUAUUACGGGCCGCCUUGGUGCUGUCUAUGGCCACAAACAACUCACUCUAAUCGGGUGCACCGUGUUUGCCAUCUUUUCGCUUGUGAAUGCAUUCUGUACUGGUUAUGAAUCUUUUAUCGCGGCCCGCGCCUUGACUGGUAUCGGCGGUGGCCUCUUUAUGCCUAAUGCAGUGUCUGCAAUUACAAUUACGGUCCCCCCCGGAAAGUCGCGCAAUCUUCUUUUGGGAUUCUUCGCAGCUUCCCCGCCCAUUGGCGGAGUGAUUGGCGGUCUGUUGGCCGGAAUAUUCACUCAAUUUGCUGAUUGGAAAUGGCUCUUUAUAGUAUUGGCUAUUUCGCAAGGCAUGAUACUUGCCGGGCUCGCGUACCUGAUGCCUAAGGAGAUUCCAGUGGAUAGGGAAGGGGGAAUUGACUACGUCGGUGCCUUUCUGGGCCUCAGUAGCCUGUUACUCUUCAACAUCGCAUGGAACCAAGCACCAUCUGAGGGCUGGACAACAUGGUAUCAAAUGCUUUGCUUGAUAGCCUCCGUCGCACUAUUUCUCUCAUUUCUCGCUUGGGAAAAGUAUUGGGCAAAGGAGCCAAUCAUGCCACUCUCGAUAUUCCGGGUUCCGACCUUAUCGGCAUUAUUCUUUGUGGUACUUUUCAGCUACAUGGCCAUCGGAAUAUCGCUUUGGUAUUUCGUCUCUUGGCAGCAAAUCUUACGCCACAGUUCAGUACUCGAAACUGGGAUCAACUUUAUCCCAUUCGGAGUCAGCUCUGUCUUCGCCGUUUACUUUGCCGCUUGGCUUAUCCCAAGAGUCGCAGCGCAGUGGAUCUUGGCUGUCGGCGUUGCAGUGGUACUUGGUUCCAAUCUCUUACUCGCAACAAUGCCCAUCAAACAAACAUAUUGGGCGCAAACCUUCCCAGCUAUGGUUCUUGGUGGCUUUUGUCCUGAUUUCGUUUAUGUUGCCGCUCAAAUAAUUGCCAGCAACAGUGUGACCCGGCAGCAACAAGGCGUGGCAAGCAGCCUCAUUGGAACACUUAACCUGUAUGGAAAUAGUUUGGGCUUAGGAUUUGCGGGAACCAUUGAGCGAGAACUCAUCAAAGAUGGGCACGAUGAUGUACUGGGCUUUCGAGCCGCGCUCUACUUUGGAGCUGCUAUUGCAGUGGCGGGCUUGAUCCUGGAUUUUGCCUUUGUGAGAGUGCCAAAAGAUGAGCGAGAGGGCUGGGAUGAAUCAACCGAGGACACGGCAGAUGGGUCAGAAGCAUAUGCAACUGCAGUGGACACUCGGGGCAUUGAAUGAUUUCUGGAGCGAUUUGCAUGGCAAUUGCGUGUCAUCGUCCAGAAGACCAUCCGAGAGUCCCGGAUUGAAACAGCUUGGAAGCACAUGCUGACAGCUUAGAUAAUAGAUUGAAGAAAUGACGUAAACCGGCCGAAGUGUAGUAAUCGGACGAACACAUAAUCUGGCCGAGGGUGACAUUGAGUUGUCCUGCGCUGUCCACUACUGUGAAGUACACGACCCUGGGAGAUUUAGAGCGGGGUUUGCGGGGAUGACGGCGUCGGUGUGGGUGGGUCGGAACUCGGUACAGUAACGCAAUCAUGACUACUCCGUACGUAUUGGCGGAGGAAGAAUUCCCAUUAGUUUUAUU